CUCUCACUUUUAAUCCCGUCUCAUCAUCUGUCUCCCGUUGUUUGCUAGCCACUUGCGACGACUCCAAAACCUCAUCACCAAGGAAAAAGAGAAGUCGCCGUCGCCGUCCUCGACCGAUCCGAUGGAGUCCGAGAAGGCGUCGCGGCCGGCGUCGCUCCUGGGGACGCUCCGGACGGCGGUGAAGAAGGUGCGGUUCCUGCUCUCCUUCAGCGCCACGCGGUGGAUCAUCAACUCCAUCGCCGGCCGCCGGAGCGCGCCCGGCGCGACGGCGCCGCUCCGCCUCAGCUUCGGGUCCAGGCGGCCGGGCCUGCUCGACGCGGAGGACGACGACGACGGCUCCCCCGCGUCCACCACCGGGCCGUCCAGGACGGUGAGCCUCGGGUCGGGCGGCGUGUCGCGGACGAGCAGCGCGGUGGCGGCGUCAGAGUACUCGCGGUCCGCGUCGUCGGGCGCGACGUCGUCGUCGAGCGGGGGGUCGUCGCCGGCCGGGGACGACGACAUCGACCGGCGCGCGGAGCAGUUCAUCGCCAACUUCUACAAGCACAUCCAGAUGGAGCGGCAGGUGUCGCUGCAGCUGCGGUACUGCCGGGUCGACAGCCUGCAGGAGAGGUCGCCUACCCGCAGGGUUUCUUGACCGAUUUGAUCCCCCGGAUAUGCAUUGCGAUUCUUGUUCAUUUCGUGUCAAAACAGGUGUGUGUAUGUGGAUUUAGAUGGGUGUUUUUUCGUUCCAUCAUUUCUGCGCGUCUUCUAGGAUAUUAAUUUGUUCUGUAUUUCUGUAAGAUCGAGAUUACAGAGUGCGAGUAGAAAUAAACAGAGUUCUUUGAGAACUUGGGGGAGAAUCGAGUACUCUCCUCAACAUUGAGAAAUAUCUUAGUAUGUACUACAUCAUUCACA